UAUAAGAACAAAAUACAGAGAAGAAGGCACAGGAAUAUGUAGGUGUGUUCGUUCGUUUACAGGACACAAACGAUCUAAGGGAAAAGAGUAAUGGCAGAGAAGAUGGGCAAGUCUCAGUUUUCUCUCACAUGUAGCCGCUUGAGCCAAUACAUGAAGGAGAAGGGGAGCUUUGGAAGCAUCAGCCUUGACAUGGCACCUAUGCCUCUUCACUACCACCCUAAAGAGAAAUCAGGAGCUCCUACCACCUUGAGUUUGCUACCAGGAGUGGAUGUGUCCACCGAGGACCAGUCCAACACAGAGAAGAAUACUCUGAAAUCCAUGGAAUUGUUUCCACAGCACGCGGGAUACGAUUUCCCAGCUGCCAAGGAAGAAUCUGUCAAGGCUCCUUCAAGCACCAAGAAGGAGGCAGAGAAGGCUAAGUUGACCAUCUUUUACAACGGCACGGUGCUGGUUUUCGACGAUUUCCCGGAGGAGAAGGCCAGGGAUCUGAUACGGAUGGCAGGGAGAGACAGAAAUCUUGCAGCUCAAAAAUUUAUCUCCGCCACCGGCGGUCAGCCGCCGGUGCCCCCGCAGAAGCCAGCUGAUCAGCCUAAUGCGUCCGACAUGCCCAUAGCAAGGAGAAACUCUCUGCACCGGUUCCUGGAGAAGAGAAAGGAUAGGUGAGCAUUUGUUGAUCAUAAUUAGUUUUUUUUUUUUUUUCUGCGAAGAGCCGCAAUGAAUAUAACCGAUAGUUCAACACCAAGGCUCCGUAUCAAGUCAACGGCGGCGUCUCGCCGGCGCCGGAGGACGCAGGCAAGCCGGAAGACGGCCAGGCUUGGCUUGGCUUGGGUAGGCGAGCUGUGAAGCAAGAACCUGGUUGCGAGAGCAGCAGAUAGAUCUUCUAAUAUUUAUCAUCCUUUAGUUAAUCUUUCUGAUUUGGGAAGAAAUUAAAUCCUGGAGUAUUUUGUAUAAGUUCUAAACAAUUUUUACUCUUUUGUUUUUUUUCGAUCUCGGCAGUGCCUUGCUGAGAUCUUGUUCUAUGAAGAACAAUCCUGCUGUAACUUGAUAUGGUGGAAUUAAAUUUUUAGUGCUCCCUUUCGACAGGGGAAUCUAACUGCUCA